CUGAUUCUAGCUUCAUAUAAGUGGAGAGGAGAACUUUAGAGAUUGGAAAGCAUAUUCUGGCCAGCUGCUGCUCAGAAAUUAAUGUUGUCAAAAUUGCAGAAUCGUAUUCCGAAAAAUCGAUUAAAAUGAUUGUCCAGAAUCGAUUAAAUUGCAGAAUCGUAUUCCGAGAUUAAGCAUAUUCUUUCUUACAUGUAUAAUCCUCUCGCCUUCUCAAAAUGAUUGUCCAGUUUAAAAUUUCGAUAUUUCUAGUAUAACAAAUAAUUUAUUGACCCUUAAAAAAAAAAAACAAGAAGUCUUAUAUAAUUAGAUAGCCAAUAACUCUCGUCACCCAUCAACACAAACGCAGAUUUCUAUUUUCGGUUUUUUAUAAAAUAAAAAUAAAAAGAAAACUUGGGUGAUAAGAGAAUAAGAGAUUGAAACAAAAAAAUGAGUGAAACAACCAAAUUCUUCGGAAAUGCCAAAGAAACAUCUCUACGACUUAGAAAAAUCCAAUCAAUUUGUACCUUUCAAUUUUUCCUGGACUCAUGGCCUUACUAUAAAUUCAAACAUGCCAAUUAGAGUUCCUCUUUUUCCUUCUUUCACAUAUCCUCUUUUUCCUUCUUUCUCCAAAUUUAAAUGAUUAAAGCAAUCAAUUUGCUUAAUACAAUGCCAAGACGCCCUCCAUUGCACACCAUUGGAGCUUCAAUCUUAGCCAUCAUCCACAAUUCUUGCACAAGAGCCAACAAUGUAAACGGUCCACUCCGAUUAUUGACCAAAAGGGCAACCGAAUUGUUGAAUUCUAGCCUUCUUCAAUUAGUCUGCACAAUCCUAUACCAAUGGCUGGCCAUUCUGUUCAUGGCCGAUGAUUACAUCUUAGCCUUUGAAGAUGCAGUGGAGAAGAUCUUCCCGCUAUCGAACCGCCUUUUCGAUGGGAUUGAUAGGCUUGUUUAUGAUGCAGAAUGCCUGCCUAGCAAGUUUGAUGAUGCAAUGGACACCUUAACCUUGCCCAAAUUUGUCCGCAUUUUCUCCCCAUUUCUGGCCAAUUGCCUCAUCAUUUCAUCAUGGCUAAUAAGCUGCCUAAUCUCUACUUUAACACUUUUGGGGGUCUUGAAAAGUAGUAGUAACAAUAAGAAGGAGGAGAAGAACAAUGAUGUCAAUAUCAAAAAUAUCAUCAUGGUUGAUCAUCAUGCUGAUUCAAGCUUAAGCUCCAAGAAUAACAUUCCAUCAAGGAAUUACAGUGGCAGAGUGGAUAUUUCGAGAGACAAUGCGAAUUCAGAUUUCGACAUCCAUCGUGAUCAUGACCAUUUCCCUUGUGUUGAAACUACCUCAUUUACAUACCCUCAUCAUCAAGAUAGCAUUAGAGAUGUUCCUUACUAUGAUAAGCAAGGCAUGGUCGCGCAUUGCGAUAAAUUGGAGAGUUUUGUUGAGUGUAACCAUCAAUAUCCAAACAAUGUUAGUCCAAAUGAUGAUGGGAUAAAGUGUAGUUACAAGGAAAUUCUUGAAAAGAAAGAUGGGGUUGAUUUAAAUCAUCCAAAGAGUGUAAGUUCAAACGGGAUGAAGUGUAGUUAUAAGGAAGUGCUUGAAAAGGGAAGCAAACAAGAAGAGGAAGAGGAGGAUACAGGGAGCCCUGCAGGAAGCACCAUUAGUCAUGAAGAAAAGAUUAGUGAAGGAGGAAGGGAGAAAGAUAUUGAAGGAAAGAAGAUCAAUAACGACAACAGCAGCGCGACGCAAUUCUCGUUCAACCUGAACGAUCCAAUCCUUGAAUUGUAUGAAGCAAGUUGGCACCUCAAGUGAUUCCUCAAGAAAGAAUGGGAAGUGUGUAUAUAAAUAUGUGUGUAGGGACUUGUAUUAUAGGCCUAAAAAAGUUAUAUCUAUAGAUGUCAAUCAAGCAGCCACAGAUAGUGAUUCUGGAGAGCUGUGAAAUGUGUAUUUGAUUGUGUCAUUUUCGACGUUUGAAGAAAUAAGAACUGUUUUGAUUGUGUCAUUCUGGA